UUGUUUCAAUGUGAAUGUUUUCCGCAAAACAGGCGCUGGAGUUUGACAGUAAACUACGUAUUAGUGCGUACACACAAUAGUUGGGUAACAGUACUGACAGGAUAUACUACAACUCUGUCCGGCAAAACAAAGGAUCAGCUCGGGCAUGAAAUAAACACACGGACUACUGAGAGUACAACGAUUACUGCAAUAUUUAUAAGGUAUGCCAGCUAGGCUAACGGGGACCUUCUCGGCUUGAAUGCGACCAAACGGCAGCUGGAUUAUGUCCACAGCAGGCCUGAGUACACGGGAGAUCCCAGUGGCCCUGAAGAGCGCCUUCUCACACGGCAUCACCAUGGCCAGCACCAAGCCCUUCUGGGAGGAGCACCACGACUUCAACAACUUAUAUUUUAGCCUUGAUGCGCCCGCCACCAUGGAGUACAACCUGAAGGCCCAGCAGCAAGUCCCCGUCUCCGGUGGCUUUGAGCGACCAGGGUCGCAACCAGAUUCCAUGCACAGCCCCGGCGCCCAGCGCCUGCCCCCCAAGAAGUCUCGCCCGUCGCAGCUCAUCCUGUCCUCCUGCCCGGACCCCUGCGCUCCCCGCUCGCCCGAGGGCGACCAGGUGGUCCCCUCCUUCCAGAGACUGUCGGUGUACGAGCGCACGCCACCCCCGCUGACGCCCAGCCGGGGCACCAAGCCUCUGCCGCCGCUGCCCGGGCCCGCGGACCUGUCGUCGGACGAGGCCGUGGACCACGAGGUGGAGUUCUUCACCAGCGCGGACGACAGCCGCCGCCUGGUCCCCGAGCCCUGCCCCAAGCCGCUGGCCUUGCGCUACGGCACGCCCGGCCGGCGCAGCUUCCGCGGCUGCGGCCAGAUCAACUACGCCUACUUCGAGGGUCCCAGCAUCCGCGAGCAGCAAGCCCCGCAACAGCAGGCCCAACAGCAGGCCCAACAGCAGGCCCAACAGCAGGCCCACCAGCAGGCCCACCAGCAGGCCCACCAGCAGACUCACCAGCAGGCCCAACAGCAGGCCCAACAGCAGGCCCAACAGCAGGCCCAACAGCAGGCCCAACAGCAGGCCCAACAGCAGACCCAACAGCAGGCCCAACAGCAGGCCCAGCAGCAGACCCACCAGUCGGCCCAACAACAGACCUACCAGCCGGCCCAACAACAGACCCACCAGCCGGCCCCGCUGGAGCAGAGCGAGGUGCAGCAGAAUGAGGCCUCCCCCAGAGACUGCCCGAGGCAGCAGGCCCGGCCCCAGCGCAAGCUCCGGCGCUCCCACUCCGGGCCCGCCGGCUCCUUCAACAAGCCCGCGUCGCUCCGGCUGUCCUGCCACCACCACGGCGCCUACUCCCAGGACAAGCCCGAGGUGCCCCCCCGCGUCCCCAUCCCGCCGCGGCCCCUCAAGGCCGCCGACUACCGCCGCUGGUCCGCCGAGGUGACCUCGGGCGGCUACAGCGACGAGGACCGGCCCCCCAAAGUGCCGCCCCGGGAGCCCCUGUCCUGCGGCAGCAGCUCCCGCACCCCCAGCCCCAAGAGCCUGCCCCUGUACCUCAACGGCGUGAUGCCCCCCACGCAGAGCUUCGCGCCCAACCCCAAGUACGUGAGCCGGGGCCUGCAGAGACAGAACAGCGAGGGCUCGGCCGUCACCCGCUCGCCCUGCAUCCUGCCCAUCAUCGAGAACGGGAAGAAGGCCAGCACCACCCACUACUUCCUGCUGCCGCAGCGGCCCGUCUACCUGGACAAGUUCGAGCGCUAUUUCCGGGAGGCGGACUGCGAGUCGGGCGGCGGCGGCGGCAGUUGCCCCUCCGGUGCGGACUGGGACUGCCAGACCAAGCACAAACCCCACGUGCACCUGGUGUAGACGUCGACAAAAGCCUGACGAAUACAAACCGGCAGAGUCUGUGAAUGCUGGAGGCGUGCUGUGUCGGGCUUGCCGGGACGGGAGCCCCUGAUAAAACACUGCUGCUCCAUCACCGUGUCCCCAUCAACAGUCUCAUGAGUGGAAAACCUCCCAAUUGCAUUGGACAGUGUGUAUGGACACCAGACACGCCAAUAUCCCUACAGUUACCCUUCAUAGUUUUUACCCCAGUGGCACACAAACUGUAGCUGUGGGGUGCUAUUAUUAUUAUUAUUUUAUUAUUAUUAUUAGUUAGUAAAAAUGCAGUGAUGACACAGAUGUAGCGUCACUUUUACAAUAUCUACGUGUAGUCGCUCCCUCGGUAGGGCGGAGUGCGUUAAAUCAGAAUGAUUAUUUUUGAUAUUAUUUUUAUUAACAUAGAAACUAUUAGUGUCGUGGUGUAGUCUUGAUAUAAGCUGGACUUGUACCUCAUUUUCCAUUUUUGUUUUGGAUACUGAAUGCUGUACGGAUAGUGUUCACUAAGGUGCUUAGUUACUUGUGAAUUGUACUUCUGCAGUCAUUGCUUGCGAGACGGGUCCGUAAAUGAACCCUGUUCACACACUAGGGGAGGGGAAAGGCAAACGUAUUCAAGAAUUAUAAUGAAGGAUAAUCCCUUGGUCCCUGUCUUCAGUAAUUGUUUUUUCCUGUGUUGAUGUACAUGUAAGAAAUGAAGUGGACCUGCAGUUUUGGUUCAGUCGGUAUGAAGUUAUUCGCUCAGUCCUUUUUGCACGGAUGCACUAUGGGAGUCUACGCUUGCUUCAGAGUAAAGCGGGUACAUGCUUUUCACGAGACUGUUGCAUUGUAGACUUACCUGUCUUACCUGCGUGCGUGCGUGCGUGCGACAGCGUGGAUCUGUUUUCAUUAAGGAUGUUUGUUGUCAGCAUUGCUUCCAUGAAAUGCAUAAACUCAAUUUUCAAAAUAUGCAAGAGCAGGACUCCCUCCUGCCCUCCCAUUAAAGAAUAUGAAGGAUUUGUUUAGAUGGAGUGCCUGGGCAGAUGUGUUUUAUACAGAAGAGUGUCCCGAACUUGAAUGUAAGCCUGUUUUUAUAGCUGUUGUGAAAUGGACUCUAAAGCUGUGAUUUUUUUUUGGCCCUGGAGUCAGUUUCUUCCAGUAUUACCCCUCCACUCUUGUAUAAUUUCCAUAAUUAUUAAUAAUUUAAACUGUUUGUUUUGUUUACUUUUAAAAUAUAAUCUUGAGGUGAAAUUAAAUUUUAAAUCCUUUUAAACCUACGCUCUAAUCGUAAUUUCGUAAUCUCGUUCUAAUACUGAUUUGCAUUUAGCCCAUCCUCUCUCCUCUGCUAUAACCAGGAUUAUCCUGGGGCACUAAUUAAAACGGGGGGAAAAAAUGAACUGGGUGACACUGAACUGAAGAGAUCAGUCUACUGGCAGCCUGACCUCUGCGUUUUCCUUCCUAUAAAAUGGUGGAUGUAGUGGGUGUGGUCACACAUUGUAGUUGCUAGUAGCCAAGAGGAGAAAGACUAAACAUUUUCUACUGCUAUCAUGACAAUCUGGUGUUCUGUUGAAGCCGCUUGGGAUAAAUGGGGAUAACCGUCCAUAACUGCUGAUCUGUAUUGGGUUAUAGGGCAGCUUUUAGCUAGAAUUAGGGCGGCCGACCGGUAGAAUCUCAGUGUCGUUGAUGGUAAAAGAUUCAACAAGGUGUUCAGUGGUUUCAUCGGGUGUGCUCCGUUCAAUCACUGACUGCUGCCCACACUUGGGUUGUCAAUUGGGGGCAAAAGCAUGUUAUCUAACAUUCACCAUUUUGGCUGCUAAAGGUGUACCUGUUUCUGCUUGCAUCUGAUUGACAGGGGUUUCUAAGCUGGCUAAUGGUUCUAAUGGUUCUGUAUUCUUUGCUCUGAGAGAACCACAGUAUGCUUACGCCAUCUUAUUUUUUUUAUUUGGAAAAUUGUUGUUUGCAUCACUACUUUUAAAGGAGGUGCAGCUGGACUGCCAUCCUUUUGUUUUGUUGAACACACCUUUUCAAGCCAAGUUGACCUGCAAUACACUGGCCUGGCCUAAUCAAUGAAGUAUAGACGCUUCCUCAAACCUCUCAAAAAGGUUUCUCUGGGAAAAUUAUAAUUUACACUUGCUUUCACAUUUUCUCAUGUUCCAGUGCUCGAAAUGUAGCUCCUUUUUAUAAUUUUGCGAGGCAACAUAUUUUAAUUGCACACAAGUUUAAGGUCAUCUAAAUACACUGUAUAUUAGUACAGAGACACGGUGUGUGCAAACACAAUUUCGUGAUUUUCUUUUUUUUUUAUGUUAAAGAAACGUGUUUACAUUAUCAAACUGCUAUGUGGUAUUGUGAUUUCAUAACAUGUUGAAGUCUUAUAAACAAACAAAAAUAAAAAACAAUGAAGGCAUGUUCAUCACGAUGAAGACAUUCUGUGCUGUGUUAGAAGCAAAUGCACUGAGAUUGCAGUAUGUUGUAAUGUGUACAGUAUUUGACAAUUCCACUGGCUGUUCUUUAAAAUAAUAUACAUAAUACUCUAUAAAAGGGAAAAAUAAAACUUCUUAUUUAUGAAA